AUGAGUAUUCUCUCCAAAACAUGGCUACAAGCUUGGUUGACUCUUCCCAACUUAAAAUUUAGAGCUCGUUAUUAUAAGGAUGCGGAAAUAACAAACGCAAUCGUGGAGAGAUACAGCGACAAUAAUAUCCCUAUUGACAAGUUUGAAUUUUUAAAUUGUUUAGAGUCUUAUUCUAGUGAAGUUAUUUUCCCUUCGAUUGAUAAGUGGCUUGAUGUCGCUCUUCAAAAUGGUGUAAAAGAUAUAGUGUAUGGAGAUCCUACACGCUUGACUCGAUCAUACCCUUUGCCUGUAUUCAAAAUCUUGGCAGCAAAAUCUUUAAGAGAGUUGGUUCUCGAGGGUUGUGAUCUUAUGUUGCGGGGUUCAUUAUCUAGUGGUGUGGCAAACUAUCAUUCUUUGAGAAAGCUUUCUCUGUCUUAUGUAAGGUUUGACGACAACAUGCUUCAAACUCUAAUUAAUAGUUGUCCCUUGAUUGAUAUUUUCAUCCUUGAGUAUUGUCCCGGGUUGGAAAAGAUUGAGUUGUUGAAUCAUCAAAAAGUCAAGUCAGUUUUCAUUAGGACACGUGGAAACCAGCGUGUUAAAAUUCAAGCACCAACUCUUGAACGCUUGUUUUGUUGUGGUGCUUUGGAAGAGUCUCCUAUGUUGGAUGUUGUCGAAUGUCAGAAUGUAAAAUCUUUAGAGCUAUGA